AAGGGUGCCGCUGGUAUGGAGUAUGGAAGCGGCGGGGGCGGAGGCGGCGGGGGCCGUGGGGGUAUCCAACCACCCUCUGCAGCUGCGAGGGGUAUGACGGGGACAGAUACUACCGAUGCUGCAUGGCACAAACACGAACAAAUGAUCCUUAUGGAAUCCAGGCACAAGCAACAAUUAAGCGGGAGGGCGGGAACCGGCGGAAGCGGUGGCGGCGGGGGUGGUGCACCUCUUUAUGGUCGUUUGGUAGCAGAGGAACCCCUGCCUCCCUCGGUAUGCGGGGGUGCUGGUGUCGGCGGCGGGACCGGUGGGGUUCCCCAAGAAACUCCUGCGGACAUUCACGCCAUGCAAGCUAGGAUACCCCCUAGGUUUCGAGAUCCAGCCACCGCACCCCUUAGAAAACUCAGUGUCGAUCUCAUAAAAACUUACAAGCACAUCAAUGAGGUUUAUUACGCUAAGAAGAAGAGAAGGGCGCAACAGAUGCAAGGAGAAGAUGGUUCCCAUAAAAAGGAAAGAAAAUUGUACAACGAUGGUUGGGAUGAUGAUAAUCAUGAUUAUAUUAUCAAAAAUGGGGAAAAGUUCCUCGAUCGCUAUGAGAUCGAUUCGUUAAUAGGUAAAGGCAGUUUCGGCCAAGUAGUAAAAGCGUUUGAUCAUGAAGAACAAACGCAAGUGGCAAUAAAAAUUAUCAAGAAUAAAAAACCUUUUCUAAAUCAAGCGCAAAUCGAAGUGAGGCUAUUGGAAAUGAUGAACAGGGCGGAUACCGAGAAUAAAUAUUAUAUAGUUAAGCUGAAAAGGCAUUUUAUGUGGCGGAAUCACUUAUGUCUGGUAUUCGAACUGUUAUCGUAUAAUCUAUAUGAUCUACUUAGAAAUACGAAUUUUCGAGGAGUGUCGUUGAACUUAACAAGAAAGUUUGCACAGCAACUGUGUACUGCCCUUUUGUUCCUGUCUACACCGGAAUUGAACAUCAUUCACUGUGAUCUGAAACCCGAAAACAUACUUUUGUGCAAUCCCAAACGAAGUGCGAUAAAAAUAGUGGACUUCGGUAGCUCGUGUCAGCUUGGGCAAAGAAUAUACCAGUAUAUUCAAUCCAGGUUUUACCGAUCUCCUGAAGUCUUGUUAGGAAUACCUUACGACCUUGCAAUAGACAUGUGGAGUCUAGGAUGUAUUUUAGUUGAAAUGCAUACAGGAGAACCUUUGUUCAGUGGGGCCAAUGAGGUCGAUCAAAUGAAUAAAAUCGUAGAAGUACUAGGAAUGCCACCGAAACAUAUAUUGGACCAAGCGCACAAAGCGCGGAAAUACUUUGACAAAGUCCCCACGGAUGGCUCGUAUGUGCUGAAAAAAUCUAAGGACGGUAAAAAGUACAAACCUCCUGGCACGAGGCGCUUACACGAUAUCUUAGGCGUUGAAAGCGGAGGCCCUGGUGGUAGAAGGAUAGGUGAACCUGGUCAUUCAAUUUCUGAUUACCUCAAAUUCAAAGACUUGAUUCUGCGGAUGCUGGACUUUGAUCCGAAAACAAGGGUGACGCCGUAUUACGCACUUCAGCACAAUUUCUUUAAGCGAACAGCCGACGAGGGGACCAACACAAAUAUUGCUGCUGCCAACAGUGCUAACACGAGCCCGGCAGUGGUAUCGAUGAGCCAGGAUCACGGACUGGUAACCAUGUCAGGACAGGGAAGCAGUAACAGUGGCAAUCCGAUGCAAGGAUCAAGUCUCCCUGGUGGUGGCUAUCAACCGAUGGAGUGCGAGUCAUCGCCUCGGCAUACGGCCAAUCGACGCGUGGUAACAACAAGUUAUCCGUCAACUUCGGCCACUGGGGUCUCUGCAUCCGGGCCAAUGUCCAUGCAAUCUGUAGACAGCUCCCUGAUACAAAGCUCUCUUGGAUCGUAUAAUAGCCUAAUUCUCCCUGGAAUACCCCAUCUGCCUGCGAUGAUGACUUCACCGAUGAUUCAGCAGCAGAAUUUCUACAAUUACGGCUAUCCGACGACUGAUGCGCACGGGAUAGUCAGGCAACCGUCGACAGUCUCAACCGGCAAACAGAGAGAUCCGGAAAGAGAAGACAGUCCUAUGGUUGGAGUAUGCGUCCAGCAGAGUCCAGUAGCUAUUCACUGAACGAAAAGAGCGAAUGAAAACCACGACGACAGUAAAUGAUACAACUGUCGCCGCGAUCGCGGUACCGUCAAAAUAUGUUAGGUGAUUAUACAUACUAUAUAUAUAUACAAUGUACACUACACGACGAUAUCGCAAAGAACUUAUCGAACUGUUUGUGAAAGCAAAACAAAAAAAAAAUGGGGAAGAAAAAAGCGGAGAGCAAUGAGAACGGGCAGUAGGAACUUGAAGGUCCUUCCCCGUUGCGUUGCUUUGCAUUUCGUCGUUAAAUGUCGGCUGCGAGAGUAUCCCGAUACAGAAAUACCAGCGUACGAUGCUGCCGUAUAAAAGUGUCAAAAUGAGAAAAAAAAGAAACAAACAAACGAAACUAUCGACAUUGGUAAAAGUACACUAUUUCGAUUUGAAAAUGGGACAAAUAGAAAAAAGUCAGGGUUUAACACAAUAACUCAUCGUGCGGGAAGCUCUUCGCUCCUUCGUUCAUGAAAAGAGAGCUUCUAAGAAACAUACGAGCCGGCUUCUAAGGAAAUAAAGACCGAGAAAGAUCGAUUCGAAGAAGUAUUACGAAGGAAUGCAAAGGAAAACACGAGGGAAGUCUCCUCUUUUCCGUUUGUUUUUCUUUCCCUUCUUAGUCUUCUGUUUGUCUAUCUUAAGAAGCCGACUGGUCUUACAUUGGGCACGGAUACACCGCGUCCGGCACAGAAGCUUAUGAUACUUUGCUUAUGAGCACGGACGGACAAACAUGGUCUAGUGAGGAUGAACCCAGCUGGCCUCUCGGGUCCUGCCCGAUUCUACGAACACUCCAUAAAAUGCUUUAGUCGCGUGCAGAAACGUUGUUAUCAAAAAAAAAUUUGGCACCCAAAACUGUGUGGCCUAGAGAGAGAAAACGUGAUAAUUACUAUUAUAAAGAUGCAUAAAAAAGCGGAGGAGGAAAAGUAAGAAUUAUCAGUGUAAGCAUAUACUCCAAUAGAGUUUUAUACACAAUGUCACGGAUGUAAACGGAUUAGCAAGUAAUUGCUAGCAAACAGUCGCGUCGAAUGCUAGAUAUUUGUACAAUAUACAUAGAUAAUUGAUAAGAGUGCAGCUUUAGGAUCUAGUUUUAAGUGUGAGAAGAGGACACUGACAUUGUACACUCGACUCUUUUAUUUACUUUGAUGAAUAGAGAAGAGGAUGUUGCGAGCGUCAGUUUGUUGCUGAUAUAAAAGAACUUUAAACAAACGAGGUUUGCAUGAUUCAGACAACAAUACAUAUUUAUACAGAAGAAAGAAAAAAAUACACAGUAAUAAGAAAGUUAAAAAAAGCAGUAUACAUGUAAGAUCGAUCAAGAACGAUAUAAUCAUACAAAAACCUAGAUACUUUAUAAUAAACGAUACGCGCGUACUCAUAUGCAUAUGUUUCCAAUGGCGGUCGUAAUUGGUUUUUGCCGUUUCACUUCAAUAAUUAUAGCGUUUAUUUAUAUUAUAUUGUUAUACCUUCGACGUAAGUUCGUAAUCGUUUUCUGGCAUUUGCGUACUUUUACUUCGUUAAAUUUUGAUUAACUAGGCUAACAAAAAUCACUUUACAAAGUUCUUUCUCAUAUUAUUUCUAUCUUCUGUUCAUUUAGCUAUGAAGUACUAAAAGUAACGUGGUUACAGAAAUAAGAUGCCAGAUUGCGAAACAUUAAAUACAAAUAAAUUGUGUCAAUAGCGAUAAGAUAAUAUAUAUAAAAAAAAUUAAAACGACACGACGGGCGAUCUAAAUUUUUCGAUACUUAUUAACGACACAUACAUUGCAACCAAUAAUAAUCCUUGAGAUAUUUUGCAUAUUUUACUCUCGUUCUCUUUUUUUGCUGCGACGCAUCUACUAAACAGAUUGAACUUUUAAACAUGAUUUUAUUAGAUUUUAUUGACGGUUUUGUAUUAUUUUAUAUGAAACAAAUUACUACAAUUAUAGAUUCAAACAAUACUUAAACAUUUUAUUGUAUACGGUAUGUCAGCUUCUCGACGGUUUACUACGAGCAUAUGACGCUACAUGUUUUUAACAUUGAUUAAAAUCCUUUAAUACAUUAUUUUUUAACGAUAUCGAUUGUGGACUCAUUAAUUUGUAUUGUUAAAAUUUAUUAUGCUCACAAUAUGGUCAACUUUAAGCAUGGUUUUGCGCAUCUCAAGGAGUCUCAAAUUUGUAAUCUUUUUUUUGCGUAUUGAUAGUGAAUUAUUUCAUGAGAUGAAUUUCUUAGAAUAUUGCAUUUCUAUUUGUUUUUUUUUCUUUUUUUUUGGUGUAUUUGCCGAUAGAAUUAACGACUCACGAAACGAUAUUCGUUCGAAUUCUUACUGAACGUUCUCGAGAACGAAACACUUGCGUUAUUAGAGUAAUUUCUCUUCGUCUUGAUGUACGACGAUCAUUACGUAUGAUACUUUGGACUUUAUAAGAAGCACAACGAGUUUGUGUUCAAGCUGAAAUAAAUGAGAAAUGACAGACGCAAUGGUGUGUACACUCGAUCUAAAGUCACAAUCACAAGCGAUCAGGAGAAGCUCUUCAAAUUCUAUGUUAACGUGGAACGUUUUAUCUCGACGACAUCUCUCGACGGAAAUAGUGAGAGUAUAGUAUGACUUUAGAGACGUAUGAUUUUUCAAGACAAAAACUACACGGAAACCAAAAGAAAACAUAGAUUGUUUGUCGAAUUCGGUUGGAACACUACUGCAAAAGGUUCCGACAUUUCGAUAAUCUUGUUGAACGGCAAAAAUCAGUACGCUCUAUAAACGUAGACGAAGUGUGUGAAACACACACGUGCCCUCUUCCAAAUUCACAUAACACGCGUUGCGCUCAUUGGUCCGUUCGCGGCACCGGAAUUUCGCUUCUCUCUUCUUUUUUUUUACUUAUGUAUUUUGGUACGAGAAACUUCGCUUUUUGAUAAAGAAACGCAAAACGAGAAGACCGAGCGUAAGAGAACGUUGUCUAAGUCUUUCUUCUCGGCAAGAGAGGCUGAAGAAAGAUGUAGGAGAUCGACUUAUGGGCGCAACGCAGCCUUUUCCAAUGCAUCAUCGAAGCAUUUUCUCAUCCGAAGAUUGUUGAUUUUUAACAAUAAUAUGAUUAUGCUUACGUUGUUCACGCGCAGCGAAAUCAUUGAUUGUAUCGCGUAGUUUCUAAACGUAUGUAAUACAAUCCGCCGCUUUACAAGUGAAAACGACGGUCGUCAUGCGAGACUUGAAUUUGAAGGAAAUUAAUUUUGGGGAUAUACUGGCAACAGGAAAUAAGGGAAAAUGUUUAAACACGCUUCAAGCGAUUAUUGCAGAUAAGAACUUGAAUGUUACUCAGAAGAGUGGUGGUCGAUUAUUGGGUAAAGGUAAAAAUUGGAAGAAAACAUAAAAAAAAAGAAUAAUGCAACAUGUCGGAUUACGAAAGGGAUUGAGAAUAUUCGGUUUGAAAUGUGAAAUUCGUAAUUAUACAGCAAUAGAUUGAUUUCAAACACUCCAAUUAAUUUUUCAUACGGAAACUUUUUACCAGAGAACUACGUUUUCGAAAUAUUUUCAUAUUUCUCCAUUCAUAAUGUAAUGCGUUUCUUAUAGCUUUUGUACCCCGGGGAAAAUUUGUCCACUCAACAAUUGAAAAAUGCAGAGUAUUUAUGCCAAUUAGCAAACAACAGAGAUGUAUACAUUUAAAUAGAAUAAGAACCGGUCACGGCUUGUGUUCCAAACAAUUUCCGUUCCAUGCUACGAUUUUCUACUGAGGUAUAUAUACAAAUUUAUUAACUUUUUAUCAUUUUAAAAAGGUAAAAAACUACCUAUGCGAAUUAAAAAUAUGAAUUUCGUUCGCUGUUUUAUUUGCGGAAAGCUGUAGAAAAUAUUUUUAAGUAAAUUAAAAAAUCCAACUAUGCAGUGUAAUCACAAUUUAACACGAUACGAAAGUAUUAAAUAGUUCAUUUAAUUCUGCCAACAGAAAUUGCAAUUCUAUGCUUUUCGAUACAAAUUCUUUGGAACACACCGUGGCUGGAUUAAAAUAACAUAAGUUUCCUAACGUCAUGUGUAAAAACAUUGUGUUCAGAAAAUAUAUUAUAACACGACUGAUAAUAUUCCUGUUACGCGAAAUGCGAGCGUCUUUCGGGAAAUGAAUGGUAAGAGAGUCGUCGUCUUAGCGUCUCGUUUGAUGAUCGCAUACGCUGACCGACAUGAAAAUAUAAUGAAUACAGAGAAACAAACUGAAUUAAGAAAAACCGAUUUAUUAAGAUGAAAAUACUUAACAAACCUCCAUACAAGAUGAAAAAAAGUUGUAUGUACCCUGUAAACAUUUUCAUUAUAUUAUAUUAUUAUUGCUACUACUACUAUAA